AUGUCCCUGCACCCUUUCUGCCAUGAUGCCAUAUUCAGAGGCGGAAGCCCAUUGCCGGAAGUGAGUAAGAUUCGCGUAAACUGCGAAUAUCGUCCUGCCACCCUGGACGAUAUGGAAGCUGUGACAGCCGUCUACAAUGCCGAAGUGCAGUCUGAGGGAAUGGUGGCGGACGGAACAGAGGUACCCGUCUCCAAAUUCGUCACAAUCUUUGAGGAGUGCCUGGCCGAAGACCGCCCCUUUCUCGUAGCCGUUCACAAAGCCAAGCUCCUAAACAAGGCCAGCUGGCCCGACGAGGAAGCGUUCAGCGAGUACAUGCACUGGCGGCAGGAAACGGGCGGCCUCGGCAGCGGCGCCGAGACCAUAGUGGCUUUCUCCUACCUCUGCCUCUUUGACCCGAGCGGCGCCUUGGGAGGCGGCAAGUCAUCGUUCGCCGCUCGGAUCGAACUCGUCGUGCACCCGCACAAGCGCCGAAGGGGAUUCGGCAGCGGGCUCAUGGACCUGAUGCUCCAGAUGACGGUCAAGGACUACAGGCCGCAGCUUGAGUACGUCUGGGAUUGUCCGAACCCCGGCAAAGUAUACAACCUGUAUGCGGAGGACAACGGGAAGCGCUACCGCAUGGUGCUGGUGCAGACGUUCUUGAAGCACAUGUCCAGGGAUGCGUUGAUGAAGAGGCGACUCUUCAUUGAACGUAUUUUCCAGUUCACGAACAUGGCCCACAUCCCCGGAGCGUACAGGAGCAGCAGGACGGGCCUGCCGGGCGACGGCCUGGAAGGCGAGGGCGAAGAGUGGCAGGACAAGGCCAUCUGGGGAAAGUUUUGCCAGUUCUCAAACGCCGAGAUCUUCGGGGAGGAAACGAGGGGGCCCGAUGAGGCGUCGAUCUAG